UUCUCCUGCACCUGGGAACGAGCUCAAACAUGGCGGCGCCCUGAUGUUUACGUUUGGCAAUCUCCAACAUUUCUGCAAAAAAAAUAACUAAAACGUCUUCGACACCGCCCAUAAAAUCAUCAUGAGGAUUCUAAGACAGUAUGCGAUGUUAUCCAAACGUUUGUUUCUUUCUCCGUUUAUCUGGAAGGCGGGGAGUUCGCGAUUUCUGUGUAGUCGGGCGGACGGUAAGUUUUUGCAGACGACAAAAAAUUCUGCUGGCGGUUUUGUUGUUGUGAAGAUGCAGAGGCCGCCGGCUAACGGACUGAACUUAGACUUCCUUACGGAGCUCACCAUCCUCCUUGAGAAGCUGGAAGACGACCACUCGUGUCGCGGGAUGAUCUUGACGUCGUCCUUACCGGGAAUCUUCAGCGCUGGGAUCGACAUGAGCGAGCUUACACUGAGUGAGAACCAUGGUCCGGAGCACGUGACAGCCUUCUGGCAAGCCUUACAAAUCUUCAUCAUCAACCUGUACAAGACACACCUGGUUACCAUAGCAACCAUCACAGGCCACGCCCCUGCUGGGGGAUGUCUCCUCUCAUUGGUCUGUGACUACAGAAUCAUGGCAGCUGGGAACUACACCAUUGGUAUAAGUGCUGUGAGAGCAGGCCUGUUCCCCCCGGCAUGGAUACAGUUGUUACUGGCUGACACCAUCGGGAGGAGACAGGCAGAGUUGUCAGUCCUGCAGGGGAAACUCUACAGUCCACAGGAGGCACUAAAACUGGGGCUGGUGGAUAAGGUUGUUCCUGAGACAGAGCUGCAGCCUGCAGCAGAGUCGGAGCUGCGUGAUUGGCUGCAGGUUCCCGACGCAGCCAGGAUCCUCACCAAGUCCAACCUGCGGAGAAAACUGCUGCAGACUUUUCAACACAACAGGGAGAGGGAAGUGGAAGACAUCACCAGAUUUGUUCAGACAGACUCUUUCCAAAACAAUCUAAAAGAAUUCAUGAGAAAUUUGAAAAACAGAAGCAGAUAAUAUGUCAUGUAUUAUUCAAUUUGACAAGAAUCUGAAGUGCAGGUAUGAAAAAAAAAUUCACAGGUCUCAGUGACAAGUGUGCAGAUGUUGAUACACUAGUGCAUCAAAUCCGUAGGUGUUUUUUGGCACCUUUAGACAGAUUAGCCGUGAGGCUAGAUGGGCGUCACUUCACCGUCAUGGGGACAGGGGCAUGUCGAGUAUCAAACUCAGGACCUACUGAUUCUGAUUCCAACGCUCUACCCUUUGCACCACACAGACACCCAAGGUAUGAACAAGCAUCAUAAAAAGCUGAAUUAUUCAAUCAUAGAGAAGCAGAGAAAUUUUAAAAUAUGAAUUUUAAUGUGGAAUCAGAUUGCUAAUGCAAAAGUGAUAACUGUUGAAUAAUUAGAGAAUGAAACAAGAAAAAAGUAUUAAAUGGCUGA